ACAGCUGUGUUUGUUAUGCAUAUUAAGAAGCAUGGUAUUGUUGUAUAAAUUCAAUUAUUUGAAAUAAAUAUUUCAAAAUGUUAAAAAUAUAUACUCAAGCGUUUGUUAAUCGUAUGAUCUUUAAAAGUAUUACAGUCCAGCGAAGAAAAGUUUCUGCCUUAUAUGUUACCGGAGACAAGGCAAAGGAAAACAAUGCCAUAAUAUAUCCUUACAUGGAUUUUAAACAAACCUUUCAGAAUCGAGAGGAACUGCAAAAUUCCAUUUCACGAAGGAAAUCAAGUAUAGACUUAAGUAAUAUAUUGGAAAAGUAUAAAACUUAUAACAAAUUUAAGGAGGAGAUUCAACAGUUGGAUCAGCAACGAGCACAAAUUGCCGUUAAGUUGAGAAAUUUAUCAAAGUCUGAAGGAGGGAACAGCGAAAUUGAAGCAUUAAAAGAGCAAGGAAUAUCGUUAAGAAACAGCGUGAAGAGUUUAAAGGAAAAGUUCUAUCCAAUUGAAGAUGAUUUCAUACAUAGCUUUUUAGAUAUUCCAAAUUUACUACAUAAGCACUGUCCAAGUAAUGGAGAAGAAAACAUAUUGUACAGGAGUAAUGUUCCUCGCAUUGAGGAAGGUGAAAUGCAUUUAAAGCGUACAGAUUUGAUACGUUUUGAAGAUAAUAGUCGGUAUUAUUUGUUUGAGGAAGCUGCUGAGUUUGAUUACAAAGCUACUCAAGCGCUGCUACGGUAUUUUGUAUUUGACGGUGAUUUUAUACCAAUGUCAAACCCAGAUUUUGUACGCGCUAUUCUCUUAGAGGCUAAUGCUACUCCAAUGGAUGAUUAUCACAUGGUUAUGGAACAAAAUUUGAUAAAUAAAUUAAAUCCAUCUUAUUUGGUAGGUGGGGGUUCAUUUGAAAGUUUUCUUGGCGCAGUGACCAAGUUAUGUGUUUAUCCGAAUGUUAUACCUUUGCGUUGUGUAAGCAGCGGACGUAGUUAUCAUAAAGCGCGCAAUGUAACUAAUGCAACAACUGAAAACUUAUUUACCGCCAUACAAACCAAUGCCGUACAAACUUUUGCUGCCGCGACAAAUCAAGAGGAAGCUGAUGCGUUAAUGGAAGAAAUUUUAAACCUCGCUAUAGAUUUUUAUAAAGCACUUAAUAUACACUUUCGUAUAGUAUAUGCAGACGCAAGUGACUUAAAAAUUUCUGAAAAUCUACGUGCAGUUAUAGAAGCAUAUUCUCCAGUUGAAAAACGUUUUAUUAGCGUUGGACAUGUGAGCAAUUAUGCUGACUUCGUGUCAAAACGCAUACUAUUCAGUAUGCAGAAGGAGAAAGAAAACCACUUCUUACAUAUUGUAGGAGGUCCUGUAUUAGAAACAACGAGAUUGAUUGGUCUAUUAAUUGAACAAAAUAUUCCACUUGAAAAGUGCAAAUUACUUGGCGCUUUUGAAGAAGAAAUGACAUAUGACUUCCCAGUUGACGUGAAGCCACCUGAACCGAUUGAUAAGUUUAGAAAACUAUUUGAAUAAUAAAAU